CAUAGUUACACGCUUACAUUACAUAUAUACUGUACCUCUAUUCUAUUUAUUCUAAACAGUCUCUGAUUAAAAUAAAAACAUGGGGGCGUGUUUCUAGUCCUCGCUCCUUCAUGCGCAUCAGUAACGAGCGAUCAGCAGACAGAGCUGGAAAGAUGGCGGCCGGUUCAGGGGCUGCAAGCGGGCACGGUGCCCGCAGCUCCAACGCUGGUCUGGAAGCGUCUUUGGACCGACGGUUUCAAGGAGUAUCCAACACUAUGGAGUCAAUACAGGGACUUUCAAACUGGUGCAUUGAAAACAAAAAGCACCACGGCCUUAUCGUUCGUCACUGGAUGAAGUGGCUCAAGAAAUCGGACAACAAUCACCGCUUGAAUCUCUUCUACCUUGCCAACGAUGUGAUACAGAACUGCAAAAGAAAGAACGCCAUUGUGUUUCGUUCAGCCUUUGCAGAAGUCCUUCCUAAUGCUGCUCAGUUCAUCAGAGAUGUGAAGGUCCGCAAGUCAGUGGAAAGGAUUUUUACAAUUUGGGAGGAGAGGAGCGUGUAUCCUGAGGAGGUGAUUGCCCAGUUCAAAGCUGGCAUGAACAAAAAGGAAAAGGAGCGAGAAAAGCAGAAGCAGAAGGAAAAGGAGAAGGAAAAAGAGAAGGAGAAGGCGAAAGACAAGGAAAAAGAAAAGGAGACUCCACCAGCAACCGCCUCAGCCAACACCAAAGCUGCCCUGAAGUCCAAGAUUGUAGCGGAGUUCACACCCUACUCCCUCAUUGAGCAGUUGUCGAGAUAUAAGCGAGCGGUCGCAGAAGAGGAGUUGAGGGAGAAGCAGCUGGCAGCUCUUAGGGUGGAUGUCUGCAGCACGGAGGCUCUUAAGAGACUAAAAGACAAGGCAGGUGGGAACAAGUUUGCGAAGGACUUUGAGGAUGGCAGUCUGAAGCUGCAGGAGUUUGUCAGCUUCAUGGAGAAGGAAUUGAAAACAGGGCCUCCUCUGCUGGAAGCUUUGGGAAACGCAGACAUUUUCUAUGAGAUGCAGUACAAGGAGGUUAAGAUUGUGGCGAAUGCAUACAAUGCCUUUGCCAACCGUGUGGGCAGUCUUAAAAGGAAAUUGGAUUCCCUCAAGUCAACUCUACCCGGACCUGAGGACUCUCCCAUCCCCUCACCCUCUGAAGAUGCCCCCUCUCCCACUGGCUCUGACUCCCCCUUCCUGGGACUGGGGGCUAGCAGGGCCCAGGUGGAUCCAGAGCUUGAUGGCAAGGCCAUGGAUGAUGGAGAAAUACCCAGUGACAACAGAGAUAUGGAGGACAUGGACUUGUCUGAUGAAGAGGCUGGUGCUGCCGCAGCAGGGGCAGAUGACAAGAAGGACAAGGCGUCCGCUGCCGUUGCCAAGUCAGAUGCGGCAUCAAAGCCUCCCACCACACCUACGAAAGUGUCUAAGAUCAACACUCCUGCUGCUGCCCCAGCGGCCCCAGUGACUCCCACCGCUGCUGCUGCUCAGAGUGCCCCAACAACCCCGAUGGGAGUCAAUCUGGAGAAGGUGGACCUGGGAAAGAUCAGCUCCAUUCUCAGCUCACUCACAUCUGCCAUGAAAAAUACAGCAGCUAGCCCAUCACCUCGGCCGUCUCCAGGAACACCCACCACUCCCUCUUGCCAAUCAGCAGCCUCCAAAACGACCUCUUCGAGCCCUCACCUGGCCAGCAUCCUGUCACGCGUUGACAUCACACCUGAAGGCAUACUCAAUGCUCUGUCUAAAACGAACACACCUGGUUUGUCCUCUCUCCUGCAAAGUGUGACAAACAGCACCUCUGCUCCUUCCACUCGAACCUCUCCAGAAUCAUCAGGAGUUAAAAGCCUGCUCACCCCAACCACCCCAAAAACAAAACCCACUCUGGGGAACAGCCUCAAGCGAGACACACCUGGGAGAACCAGAGAUUGGGAGAAGGAGAGACAGCUGUCCCCUCCUCCUCCACCCCCUCCUCGUCCCUCAGCUUCUUCUGUCUCUCCCCCGAGCCUAGAAUCAAAAAUCAACAGUUUCCUGCAGGGUAAUCCAGGUUUUAGUCUCGCUCUGGGUGAGGUCAGUCCCGAUGGGGUGGAUGGGACCCCGGUGAGAGACGAGGCUGCCGGCACCCCCACUCAGGACGAGAUCAUGGACACACCAGGGAGUGUGCCAGAAUCUUUAGGGUCAUCUGGAGGCCAUACCCUCUCACCCACCGCCUACCGCAGCGAACCCUGGGAUGCUGUGAUCACCCCGUCAGGAAGCAACAGCAAUGGAGACUUUCUGGCCUCUUCCUCCUCUUCCCGGUAUGGAGCUGGAAAAAAGAGUAGCACAAAGUUAAAGGACGAUGAAGUGAUGAAUGUGAGGAAGCCGGUCUCCUCCUCCCCCAGUAAUGACAUAAAGGGUAAGAAAGAUGGACAACACGGCCAGAUCAGGAUGAUGGGAAACAACCGGGGGAUUGGAGAAAGGAGACUGUCUGCAGGUUCUCGUAAGGCCAGCAGCAGCUCAGAUGAUGGAGGUCUUAGUGGAAAAAGAGAGGGGAAAAGUCAGGCGUCUCCAGGUGGGGAUGGGAAUGAGGGCCAGUACCAUCGUAUUGAGACACUAGUGUCGCCCUGCACUGAAGGGGCCCCCAUCCAAACUCUAGGCUACUCGAACCGCCCACUCGCUGGAGAGCGCAUCAAGACGGUAGAGAGCAUCCGUGUGAUUGGCCAAGGCUCUCGGCGAGGGGGAGGGUCUGGCGGUCGGCCAGGGGGAGCGAUGUGGUACGAAGAGGAGGAAUACAUGGAAGCUCAGCCUCCCUCACCCCAUGCUGCCCCACCUCCUCUUAACAUUGGCACCGAGGACAGGACCCCAUCCAUGCCUCCUCCUCCCCCACAUCUACUCCUCCCACAUCUCCACCCUCCUCCGUCCCAUCCUCACGCACAUCCUCCUCCCCAAGCUCAGUUCCAAAUGCCCUACCACACGGAGAACAUUCAGGCUCCUCCUCCAUCACUCCUCCACCAGCAUCCUCCUCCUCAGUCCCAUUUCUUCAGCCCUCCUCCACCGAUCCCUCGACCCCCUCCGCCUCCCAUACCACAGCGCCCUUCCCCUCCACCUACCCACCACACUGUGCCCUCUGCGGUCAUGGUGGGGGGAAUGUUAGUCCCUGUUGACCGUCCCCUUCCUCCCUCAGUCAGACCUGAAGGUGUAGAGCGAGGUGGCGGAGGGCCCAGAGGAAGCAAAAUGGCCCCUCCCCCCCUCAUGUCAUCAUUGCUAGGCGAGCCCCCUAAGCUGCCCCGUCCUGGCACAGUUAAAGAGCCUUUUGUCCCCCGCCAUGCACCCCCUCUCCACCGCUUAGGUAGCCCCGGUGUUCCUCUACCCUUACUGGGCAGAGUGAAAGAGCCUCUGAAUCUACCUCUUCCGCCCCCCUCUCCCACAUCCUCCACACCCUCUCCCUCCACGCCUAAUUCUCCUUCAGUCGAAACUCUCCCCACUCGCCUCACUGCGCAGUCCGCUGCCCCUGCUCUCCAAAAGCCCCCCACUAGUCCUCCAGCUCAGCCCCGCAAUCAAACCUCUAACCCUGUCCCCCUCCUUAACUUGCCCAGUCCUCGACCCCCGAUCCUCUCAGUCCCCAUCCCACAGAGACCUCUGCUGCGAGGCCGAACCCCCUCUCAGCAGUUUAACCAAGAUCGCCACAUGGGGGGAUUUCGUGGGGGCAAGCGGUCCGGUCCUCCGUUCACAGGCAGUCCCUUCCAUGCACAGAAGAGACCCUUCCUACCCCCACGCUACUGAAGUGGUCAUCUAACACAUGCUGAAUGAGAAGUGGAAGCGCCCUGCACCGAAGUGCAGAGUGUGUGUUAGCCCUGCUGGUAUGAGCCCAGAUAUCUUUCCUCUGUUAUUUAGCUUGAAUUAAAACUACCAUAGGUUGUGUGUAAAUAGCAGACUAAAUCUUCAUGCUUCAGCAAGGUAGCCAGCCAGUCAUCUUACACUGUACAGUGCAGCUAUGAGGUUAUCAGUUACAUAGUGCAGUGUUGUGUAACAACUCUCAAUCUAUCCCUUUUCCCCCCAUUUCUCAAUACAAUGUAGAUGAAACUUUCAUUAGGUCAGGUGCCAUAACCUUAGGAAGAAAACGCAGAUAGUUCAAGCUGAAAUUAAACUAUAGUUUAUUUAGAGUUUGCAUACCUGUGUGAUUGUUGGGUUACCUGAGAGAAAGCAGGAGAGUGAACGAGAGGUAUGGGUCUCAUAGGAUACAGAGGAAAGAAACUAAAAGCAAAUGUUUGCCAUUUUGGGAAAUAAGCUUAUUUGCUUACUGACGUGAGAGUUGGAUGAGAAGAUCAAUACCACGCUCAUAUCUGUGUGCUAAAUAUGAAGUUACAGCUAUGACCACUUAGCUUAGCAUAAAAACUGGAAACGGGGCAGCAGUUAUACUGGAUCUGUCAGAAGUUUAAAAAAAAAAAAAAACCCUAACACAUUUAGUCUUUACAUUUAUUUAAUCUGUACAAAACCGAAAGUGUUAAAAUUAUAUGUUUUACGUCGAAUCAUGUGCCAGACAUUUUUGUGAAUGGGUGCGGUGACUUCUUUGAGUCUCUACUGACGCACUCAAACCGCACAGCCACAAGACUCGAGGAAGUCACUGCUCCUUGCCAGUAAAAGCAGGUUGACUUUAUUACCUGUAGACCAAACCAGGCUAGCUUUCUGCUGCCAUUUCCUGUCUUUAUACUAUGCUAAGCUAAUGGCCUCCUGUCCCCAGCUUCAUGUCAUCCAACUCUAUGCAAGAAAGCCAAUAACUGUAUUUCCCAAAAUGUUCCUCUUAAAAAUGUUUUAUGAAAGUAAGUUCCAAAAUAAUCUCUUCUUCCAUGAGUGUAUGGGUGUGUGCUGUGUGUCCUAACAUGGUGUUUCUCAUUUAAAGUGAUGAGAUUCGUGUUGCAGAGGAGGUUAACGCUUUUUCCUAUCUUCGGAGUACCUGCUGUAAAUAAUAUUCUUCUCUCGCUCGACCGUUUUCACCCUUCCAUCUCUCCCACUGUAUAUUUCUAAGCUUGUAAAUAUAAAAACUGAGAUGACAAAGCUUUUUUUUUUUUCUCUUCAAGCCCUUGUUUCUGUUAAUGAGGACAAUGAUCGUCACUCUCACGCCCCGUCUUUACUGUGAUUCAGGCCUUGGAUAAGCUAUAACUCCAGAAGAAUUACUCUGCAGUAUCUGUCGCACCUUUCUGUCCUCCUUUUUGAAACCACCAUGCAGAAGAGGAGGGCGAAGAUAAUUAUGUAUUUUUAUUUCCAACAUAAAUGUGUGCCUGUGCACGCUUCAAGUUAGACUGAGUCAUGAAGAUACUCGGUAGUGGACGGCGGGUGGGGGGGUUAUUUCACCUGAACCACACUCCUUACUAGGCUUCAACAUGUACUGACUUGAAUAAAAUCCAAGUUUCAAUUCAACUGGGGGGUGGGUGGGGGUAUUUUAUUUGGUCACUAUCACUUGAAUUGCGCUGUUGUAAUUUAUCUGCGCUGUUCAGCUGAUUUAUCUGUCUGUUUUCAGAGAAGUUGUUUUCAUAUAUUUACAUAGCUGCUGCCAUUUUCAUAAUGCAUUAACACGCAUUUAUUUUUUGCGCUGUAUUUUUCUGCUUGACUGAAUUGGCAAUGUCCCGUUUUGCAGCAGCGCCGACAGAUGGUAUCGGGGGCGAAAACAUUUGAGCUAAUUAGGAUUGUUUUGAAAAUGGUUUAUUUAAAUACUCCAGUUGUUUUGGCCCCUUCCUCUGUUUUGUUUCUUUGCUAAUUUCAUGCUUUUGCCCUUGAGCCCCUGUGCUUACCUUGUGCUCACAUUGCUUCGUCCAGAAACACUUGUGCACCUCUCAAAAGUUCCGAGCGUUAAAAAAAAAAAAAGAAAAAAAAAAAGGUCAACACUAUGGCAGUGUGCAGGACUUAUUGCCGUUUGGCUUCCCUCUGUUCUACACUGAUGUAGUUUGCCCACGCAGUGAGAGGUGCAUGUUGGGUGUUGCUGCUCAAAGCCUCAUGUCUCCUGUGUUUGUCUGAUCAUGGAGUGUGUGUUGUCUCCUGUGCUCAUUUACAGUUCAUCAAGAAACACUGAGCACCUGCAAACGUUACCGCAUAAAGUUAGAUACAUUGUAAAAAUGUAACCACAGAAGAGAAUAUUUGUCACUACAGUGUUAGCACCUCAUCAGAGUUCUGAUGUUUUACUGAAUGUUAUACAAGUCUGUUACCACCUUCUGUAAACUGUAUGUCUUUUUUUUCUGAUCACUCAUUGAAACAGCUAAAUAUCUACCCCAAUCAGUUUGUUGUGAGAGAAGCUAGAUUCUUAUAAAAGAAAAAAAUCCUUCUGCUUACUAAGCACCUAUCAAGUUCAACAUUUCAAUUGUCCCUGUAAAUAACCUCUCUCUGUUUCCUCUUUGACAAAUUGAGUUGGAAAUUUACUGAAGAUGUGACAAAAGCUGAUGGUCUGUGUAUAUUUGAUAAGUUGAAUCUCUUACUGCUGUUCUCAUCAAUGAUGCUAUAUCACCGGUC